GUGGCAUAACCGAACUGAUAUUGAUAAUUCGGUAAAAAUAUUUUUUACAUUGUUUCGUCUUAAUAAAAUGUAAAGUUAAUGCUCUUAAUGUUUACGGUUCUUUUUUACAAUCACAUUGUUAAGCUAAGCGUAAAGAAGUUCUUUCAACCUAUUUUUAAAAGAUUAAAGAUGUCGUCGGGACAUGAAUGGAAAGGAGCUCCUUUAUCAAUGCUAUACGGAGCGGAGUCUCCCUGGGAUGCCCCGGGAUUCCCGCCGGUACAGCCUGGACAUAACCAUGCAGUUCUUUAUCAUAUACCGAGUAAUGGCGUACUGGCCGGUGACAGACCUCCGAAGCCACAGGUCGGGCAAGAUAAAUGGGACCAAAAUCAUGUUAGGUUACCAUGCUCUAAGCAGAGCUUAUACCCUGUAACUGAUGAGAAAGGUGAAACAAGGUUAAGAAAACGUUGGGCGAUCAUAGUGGACACUUUAAAGAAACCAAUAAAAAAUAGUCAUGAGCUAGCCAAUGCCAUAUUAGCAUAUAAUACUAAGUUUAAAAGUAGAUGGAAAUUUAGAGCUCUUCAUAAGUUAUUCAAUGAGUGUUUAGAAGAAGAGGAAUCCCAAUCUUUCUUUGAUGUGACAUUGCCUGAAAUAGUCAAAUUAGUUCUGGAUUUGCCUAAAUUGAUACAAGCACCAAUACCACUGCUAAAGCAACAUAAGAACAUGUCAAUAUCACUGUCGCAACAACAGAUUUCAAGUUUACUAGCAAAUGCAUUCUUCUGUACAUUUCCUCGGAGAAAUAGUUUGAAGCCAGACUCGGAAUAUGCAACAUAUCCUUUUAUUAAUUUCAACACAUUGUAUGAAGCAUCACCAUCAGAUGAUGUGUUAGAAAAACUCAAGUGCAUUUGUCAUUACUUCAGAAGAGUUUACACAGAAGUGCCCCGCGGGGUGGUGACGUUCUCUCGGCGCUCGGUGCCGCCGCGCGCGCUGCCUCGCUGGCGGGACUCCGAGCGCGAGCUGUCGCUGCCGCUGCACGUCAACUCCACAGACACUAUAGAGGACGCCGAUGGUCUCAUACAAGUUGAUUUUGCUAAUAAAUACUUGGGCGGCGGCGUGCUCGGCCACGGCUGCGUGCAGGAGGAGAUCCGCUUCGUGAUCUGUCCGGAGCUGAUGGCCUCCAUGCUCUUCACGGAGCUGCUGCGACCCAAUGAAGCCGUCAUGAUCAUUGGUAACAGUACUCUAAAGUCGCUUUUAAUGCAUGAUUAUUUUGUAUUUGAUUACGGGAAUCGGCAUUUAUUGAUCCGAAUUCUCGUGACAGGAGAUUCUGGGAUUUUCGCAAUUAUACUUGAAGAUGGCCACUGUGGUUUUAGUUGGUAAAAAUCUUACAUAAUCCUGUAUUUCUUCAAAAGGAAGUGUUUAUUUUGAAUACUAGGCAACCAUCCAGCCUACGGUACCUAUAAAAAACGUUUUACAACACCAGUUUAGCGUGUUGUAGGAGCCAUUUUAUGAUGUACUUGCUUUCAGCCGCGACUCCGUCUACGUGGAAUUAAAAAAAAUUAAAGUCAGUAGUCUAUGUUUUCUUCCAGACUUAUA